CCACCAGGUCUGUUUAUCCGGCCGAGGCGAUUACAGCUUGUCCUUGGAACCUGUGCCCGGUGAUCGCGACGCGAAGACGUUCAGUCGUCAGUGAGGUAACUGCGGUGGUAAGACGAUGUCGCACAGGAACGUAGCAGAAAUCAGAACCACCCGGUUCAGGUCUAAGGGCACUGCUCCACGUCACAAUUUGUCAUACGUGGCUACCGGCACUGGCAUCGUUCAACUCGCAGAAACGGUGCUGAGCGCCGUGUGCGUGGGCCUGGUGAGUUACUUCGGGGACCGCUACUACUACGACGUUGAGGCACAGGCCGCAGAAUGGAUGCUGAUGGUCCUGAAGAACGUGCUCAAGGUCGAGCAAAUGGACGUGUGGAAACCCGUCACGUUCUUCCUUGCUGUAACCGCAGCCUGCCUGCUUAACAGUUUUUGCCUUCUGGUCGCCUGCGUCACUUCACACGCCACAGCUUCGAAGAUUGCCCAGACGAUCUACGGUGUCCUGUACCAUUUCCUGGCGUUCGGCCUUUGUCUCGCGGCUUCCGUGACGCUCAUGGUGACCGUGAACAAGCCGGACAUCAGGGGAUACAAGAAUGGCUACUACCACGUGCCCUUCCUGGCUGCAGGGAUCAUCGGGGCGAUUCUCUCUGGUCUCUACCUGCUGAGUACCGCUCUCUCCUUCCGAUCUUACACAGCAAAAGCGAAUGUGACUUCUCGGCUGGAAAUCAAUCGGCAGGUUUUGUUAUGAACGAGCCGACGAUCGACCAGCUAAAGGGAGCAGUUCCGGACGUGGCCUCGUCCAGAUACGACCCUUUGCAACGUCUACUUUCUAAUAUGCCACAGGAGCUUAGUAAUUGCGAUAAAUACACCCCCGGUGAAGUGCUAAAGUGGUCUAAGUCCAAAUAUUACUAAACUAAAAUAGCGCCCUUACUCCGAGACCAGACAAGAGACGAAGCCCCUAAAUUAGGGCCGAGGAUGUGAUACUGAGCCCUUCGCUGAUGACGUAAUAAAACAAAAACAAAUCGAGAUGUCCCUACUCUGUCCAGUGAAAAUAAGGGAUUACUAUACCCAGGUGGAUUUAUUUCCUUGUAUUAACCAAGUGAUCGGCGUCACUGAGCCACGGUGUUUUCUUUGCGGUGAUCGAAGACUCUUUUAAACAUUAUUUAGUCAUAAUCUGCAGGCUUCUAGCGGUCUGCAGUACAAAGAUCAAUUAAUUAACCCUUCGAAGCCAGAGAGAGAGAGAGAGAGAGAGGAAAUUGG